CCAUUACCAUACUUGUUAAAAAAAAAAAAAAAAAAACUCCUCUAAAUUUUGAGAUGUCAUUUACUAGUUACUACACUAUACUUUGCUUUGGGGAGCCUUUUAGCUGUUCUUAUCGCAUUUUAGUCGCCAAUGUGCCCAACAGAACAUCUUAACAGCGUACAAACAGAAAAUAGUACAAACCAGAGGGUGGAACAAGACAUAAACAAACACAACAGCCUAAAGGAGCAGUUCCACUACAAAAUCCUGUCAGACAAAUGUCACAUUGGAUUGGCUUCACAGUUUCAGGAUAAACAGUCUAAUCCUUUUGUUGCUAUAACUAUACAUAACCAGCAGUCGCAUUUUAGACAGUUACACAGAUACAAAAGAAAAAGGAAGAAAAUUAUGGCUUCCAUGCCUUUCUCUGCAACAUUUCAUUUUCCUCAUGAUUUUUCUCAAACCAAAAAGAACUCAGUUUCGUCUUCUUUGUGGCCUUCCAUGCCUUUCUCAAUUCCUUCCACCAAAUCAUCGCUUGGGUCUUCAAAAUCCGCCUUUUUGCAACAUGGGUUCUCCUUACAGUCGCUUACUGCUUCUGGGUUUGUCUUCAAAUCUAGAUCUUCUGGGUUUGUCUUCAAAUCUAGAUCUUCAGGGAUUUAUGCUAGAGCAGCUAAGGAGAAGACUCUAUACGACUAUACUGUGAAGGAUAUUGAUGGGAAGGAUGUUUCUCUUAGCAAAUUUAAGGGAAAAGUUCUCUUGAUUGUCAAUGUUGCUUCAAAAUGUGGUUUGACGACAUCAAAUUACUCUGAGCUCUCCCACAUAUAUGAGAAAUACAAGACUCAAGGAUUUGAGAUUUUAGCUUUCCCUUGCAAUCAGUUUGGGGGACAAGAACCUGGAUCAAAUCCUGAGAUUAAACAAUUUGCAUGUACCAGGUUUAAAGCAGAAUUUCCAAUAUUUGACAAGGUUGAUGUGAAUGGACCAAAUACAGCUCCUGUUUACCAAUUUCUGAAGUCCUCUGCAGGUGGAUCUUUUGGUGACCUGAUCAAGUGGAAUUUUGAGAAGUUCUUGGUGGACAAAAAGGGCAAAAUUGUGGAGAGGUAUCCACCAACAACAUCGCCUUUCCAAAUUGAGAAAGACAUUCAAAAGCUCCUAGCGGCAUGAAUCUUGAGCCAGAGUAACUGCUAGUGACAGAAAUAAGUAGAUACAUGUAAAUUUCUCAGUCAGGAAAGGAAUAAGGAGUGGUAUUUUCUGCUAGAUACAUCAAUAUGUACUUUUUUUUUCUUUUCCAUGGUUAGACACGGUAUGCAUUUAAUUUGCAUUAUUUGUUCAAAUUUCUCCUUAACAGUUAUCAAAAGUUGUUUUAUUUUGCU